UAAUAAAAUCUUAAUUCAUUGGAUUCUAGUUUCUUGGGAAGGAUUUUCUUUGCUUUUAUUACUUCUCUCUCAGUUAUUUCUCUUUGUUUUCUCCCUGUUUCUAUUCUACAAUAACUAUGCCAACAACCGAUUCCAAUGUUAUUGAAUAAAUGGUUUGCCUUUCAUCUUCUUUUCAUCUUCAUCAUCUUCCUGUGCUACUGCUGAUUCGCCUCAACAGCUUUUCUCCUUUCAAUUUUAUUCUCUCUCUCUCUCUCAUUCCCUUAGUUAUUUUUACAACUUUCUACUCUCUCAUCUGCUCAUUCACCACCAUUGGUAUUGCUAGCAUUCAAUUCUAUCAUUUUUUCCAUCAUUUCCUUGGGAGGGAAAAAAGAGUAAAAGAAAAAAACAAUACACAUCUUGUAGUCACUUUCUCUCAUCACAAAAUUGUCAGUUGACAAAAUCAACCUGUGCUUGUGUCUUACCAUUGGAUUUGCGCUUUUGUCUACAAUUUAAUUCUAAUUGUGUCUCUUUGUGUGUUAGCAAUCAAUUGAUUCUUUCAUAUCUCAAUCUUAACCUGAAAACAACAAUCUAAUCUUUUCUUUUGUUACAAUCUCUCUCCUCUCAUAUCUUAGAUAAUAGAUUUUCAGUGUUGAUCGGUUUUCCACUUUCCCUCCUCCAUACAAACAGUUUGUCUUUUGUAUUUGUGUCUCUUUGUUUUUGUCAUUGUAUCAAGUUUGCCAAAAUUAUCACCAAACAGGAAUCCCGUUCAACUGAAAUGCAAUCAGUACCACACAACAUUUCAGUGGUACUAACCCAAUGGCUUCCACCGGCCAUUCGGGUCUCUUGGGCCUUCAAUCCAGGUCCUGAUUUACUGGACCCUUCCAUGAUAACAACUACAAAUCAACAUCAUCAUCAUCAUUAUACUGUUGAUGAUAAAACAAAUUCACUUAAAUUAUCACGAAUGUUUCGUAUUGUUUAUUUUCCAGUGGGUUCCAAAACACGAUAUGUUCAGGAAGUGCCUAUAAACAUGAGAAAUGUUACCAUUGAACAAUUAGUGCCAAACACGGAAUAUCAACUUCUCAUUAAUGUUGUUUCCAGUUCUGAUUUGAUAGGAAAUUCAAGUCACUUUAUCCGUUUUGUUUCACCUGAUGGAGAACCACAUCGAUUUGUUCGAGGAGGUAUGAACCCAUUGAGAAUUCGGUUAGACGUUGAUCCGGAAAUUAUUGUUCGACCUGGUGAGGCCAUUCUAGUCUCGUGUAUUUUAAUCUUCUGGGUAUUGGUCAUUCUUUGGUUUAUCAAGAAAUGGGGUAAAAUACGAACGUUAGAACCGACCCGACAUCGAACCGACACCGAUAUAUCUUCCUUUUCUCAGCAAACUCGAUUCACUUCCAUUGGUGGAGCCAAUAUACCUCAAGUACACACAAGUGAUUCACGAAAUUCACUGGAAUUAGUUAACUGUACAUCAACGGGUAAUUUUCAAAGGCCAAGAUUAAAUUCAGUUUUCCUGGUCAGUCCAUCUCGACGAUCAUCACUUUUACCAGAAGAGUACAAUAUACCUCGAAGAUACAAAUCAGCUGAAGAUCUUAAAUCAUUAGUACUCCAGAUAACCCAAACCAAAGGUCUACACACCGGCGAUCUAAAUGUUCACAAGUCUUCCUCCCUUCAACCACCUCAAUGUUUAUCAUCAAAUAUAUACAAUGGUAAUCAAAAAAGGAGAAAAUCAUCAAUACAUACAGAGGAAGUUCAAGAGGUUAAAGAUGAUUGGGAAAAACGCUCAGUGAUCAUGAAAUCUAUCGAUGAAACUGAUUACGAUGCUGGUGAGACAAUUCGCAAGCCUCCUCAGUGACAUGAGAGUUUGAAUAUUAGAUUUUAAAGAAAAAAAAUUAAAACGAUUUCCAAUCAACCAGAACAACCAGAAAAUACAGCAACAGUUACAAUCUCCACGAUCAAGACAAUUAAUACUUUGUAAAUAGAAGAUGAAAACCACACCCUUUCUGAUGAAAGAAUUGCAAUAAUUGUUAUUCUAGUCUUGAUUAUCUUCAUGUUCAUCUUCACUGAAUCAUUUUCAUUAAUCUCUAGCCAUAGAUUAUACAACAAGAAGACAAUGUAUAUUAUUUAAGAAAGAUACAAAUAAAGUAAUAAUAAUUUAACUUCCAUAAAGGAAAAGGAAAGGAUGAAAAGGAAAUGAAAUGAAAUGAUGACCAUCAUUUUCAUCAUCAUCAUCAUUACCACUUCUAUGCCACCAUCAUCAUUAACCUUAUAAAGCUCAUUCCAGAAUAUUAAUCAUGAUACUUUGAUUAUAAAUAAUAAACUGAAAGUAAAUACUCAUGAAAAGUAUUUGUAUUAAUACAAAAAUUACAAGACAAUUAACUAAUGAUAACAUAUGAUAACCAAGGAAUUGAAGUUUUCUCUCAACAAUAAUGUAAAUAAUUUGAAAUUAAAGCUUGAUUAUUAUCGAAAAACAUUAUUAUUAAUAAGUCGAUGAUCAAAUUACCAGAAUUUUAAAA